GGUGCCAGACUCGAAGGCCAUCGGUGGCUGUGCAGGCUGAGGAGAGCAGCAGCCGAGGCUUCAGCAUGACGGCGGCCAUGAGACAGCGCUUCGACCGCUUCCUACACGAGAAGAACUGCAUGACCGCCGUGCUCGAGCGGAUAGAGAGCAAGACCGGCGUCGACCGCACCUACAUCGCCAUCGCUGUCCUGGGGGUGGUGGCCGUGUACCUGGUGAUCGGCUACGGCGCCUCGCUGCUCUGCAAUAUCAUCGGCUUCGGCUACCCCGCCUACGUGUCAAUCAAGGCCAUUGAAAGUCCCAAUAAAGACGACGACACGCAGUGGCUGACUUACUGGGUUGUGUAUGGUGUUUUCAGCAUAGCGGAAUUCUUCUCUGAUAUCUUUCUGUCCUGGUUCCCUUUCUACUACAUGCUGAAGUGUGGCUUUCUGCUCUGGUGCAUGGCUCCAAGUCCCUCUAAUGGAGCAGAGUUCCUCUAUCACCGAAUCAUCCGGCCUUUUUUCCUGAAGCACGAGGCUCAGCUGGACAAUGUUGUCAAAGACCUGAAAGACAAGGCUGCAGAGACUGCAGAUACCAUUGCUAAAGAAGCCAAGAAAGCUACAGUGAACUUGCUGGGUGAGGAGAAGAAGAGCACUUAAAACUUUUAACUGGAUAAAGCUUCCCAACCACCUCUAUUAUGAAGCUUGAUGUUAUGGGGAUCUGUGGUAUAAUUUUAAUAAUGUUGCCUUGAAAAUGUUUUGAUAUAUUAAAGGAAUGUGCUAUCAGUUUGCUUACUAGUUUGCUGUUGUCUGCAUAGAAUUCAUGCAUUUUUAUUUAAAAGCAAUGCAGUGGGCAGCAUCUGAAACUUAAUCAAAAUAUUUUAUUAAUCUUCAUGAAAAAGUCUUACAGUAAUCACCUUCUCCAGUAACAUAAAUAAAAAGUAUAUAUCCCAGAGGCUCUGCACUUCAGUUGUCUCUUUGUGCAUGUAAUUACUUUCAACACUGACUGUGUUGCAUCUGGUAACAUGACAUUAUUCUACAAGGAAAAUAUUCAUCUGAACAGAUUUUCUGGAAUAUACACAUAAUUAAUGAGAGAGCUGGCAUAGCAAAUUUAUUCCUUGCUAGUAAAGUUAGGAGUAAUGAUAGGCAUCUCAUGAUAGAGACUAUUUACUGUUGCAUGUUUCACUGUAACAUAAUAUUUAGUACAACGUGGGAAGAGUAGCUGUAUUCAAUUGAUCAAGCUUAUAUUAGCGUGGGGUUAUUUGCCAGAAUCACAGAAGAUGAGCACAAGAUGACUAAAGAUGGCAUGUGCUUGCUGUCUCUUUCUAAAUAAAGUUGUCAUGUAAAAUGCUAAA